GUCAUAGAAAAAUACACAUAGACAGAAAGGGGGAGAGAGAGAGAGAGAGAGAGAGUAGUGGUGGUUGUGGUUGUUGUUGUUGUUAAUGGCAACCUCUACCUCCUGGUUCCUCUCCAAUUCUCUCCCUCUUCCUCCGCGACACUUUCCUUCUCCAUGCCCUCGCUUCUCUUCCUUCUCCCUCUCUUUCCCUCUUCGCUCUUCCGCAAACCCUGGAAAAUUCCAAACCCUAGUCCUCGCCUCUUCCUCCGCCGCCUCUUUUGACGACCUCAGCUCCAACUCCAAGAAAUCGGUUCUCUCAAAUUUGAUACAAGAGAUAGAGCCAUUAGAUGUGGGCCACAUUCAGAAAGAUGUACCACCAAUGACGGUGGAUGCCAUGAAACGGACUAUAUCUGGCAUGUUGGGCUUACUUCCAUCUGAUCAAUUUCAGGUUCUCAUUGAGGCGUUGUGGGAACCUCUCUCAAAGUUAUUGGUUUCUUCAAUGAUGACUGGGUAUACAUUGCGGAAUGCUGAAUUUAGGCUUUGCCUUGAAAGAAACCUUGAUAUGCAGGAAGGAAAUCCUGAAAAACAAAUACCAGAAAAUAGUAGACUUGAUUUACAAGGGUUGUUGCUUGACAAUGCAAGUAUAAUUAAUUUAUCUGGAGAACAUGAAUUGUCAUCCAAAUUUGAAAAAUUCACUGAAGACUUGUCGGAGAAUUUUGAUAUUCAAGACCUUGGUGAAAUGUCCCCUGAAGCUGAACAUUAUAUUCUUCAUUUGCAGUCUCGUUUAUCUUCAAUAAAGAAGGAACUUCAUGAAGUCAAGAGGAAAAGUGCUGCGCUUCAAAUGCAACAGUUUGUUGGGGAGGAAAAAAAUGAUUUGCUGGAUUACUUGAGAUCUCUACAACCGGAAAAGGUAGCUGAAUUAUCAGAACCUACAUCUCCUGAAUUGAAAGAAAUAAUCCACUCCAUCGUUCAUGGUCUCCUUGCCACCCUCUCUCCCAAGAUGCAUUCUAAGGCUCCUCUUCUGUCAGAGAAUUCCCCAACUGGAAUAGUAAAUGUGGGGAGUGAAGAUUGUGCUGAGCUUGUUGAGAACACCUCACUGCAAUUUCAGCCCCUCAUUUCACUAACUCGGGACUACUUGGCACGUCUCCUCUUCUGGUGCAUGCUGUUGGGGCACUAUCUCCGAGGCCUGGAGUAUCGGAUGGAGCUGAUGGAACUCCUAUCCCUGCCAAGUAAUGCUGAAAAUGAUGCUUCUAGUGGUGAGCAAGUUGCUUGAAAGUUUCUCUUUUCAACUGCUUCCAUCUGUAUAUAGACGUGUACACAGACCUUGUUUUGCGACAUGAAGAGGCUGGAAGUGAGAUACAACAGUAGGCCACUUAAGCUUUUGCAAACUGAGAGUUCAUUUAUGCAUGGAAGUUUACAUCUUGGUAUGUUUGUUGUUAAGUAUAUUGCGGGUUUCAAUAGUUUUUUCUUUGUUGUCACAAACACAGAACUGGAAGAUAAUGAUGUAUUUAUUGUCCUCAUUGAAUUUAUAUGAUAAUGAUAAUAAGCAAAUAAAUCUUACAGAUAAA